AUGAAAUUGACUAUUCCAUUUUCGAUCACUUUCGUUCUUUUAUCUACAUUAGUAGCAUCUUCACCUUCACCCGCUGAAGGGGGCAAAUUCAUCCCCAUAGCAAGAGGAUCAAGAGUUGAUUCUAGAAGAGCAGUAGUAGCUAUGUAUCCUAGACAGAGUGCGUCGAGUGAUUCUGGCGAUGGAUCUACCACUUCAGGAGAUGGAUUAACGACGUCAGGAGAUGACACAGGAAGUGAAGAUGGAGAUACAGAUUCUGAUGCUACUGCUGCUGCUGCUGCUGAAGCCACUGCGACUUACACUUAUGAUGGAUCAGGUGGUCAAGAGCAAGAUGGUGGGCCUAGUCUUACAGCGGUCGAAUCAGGUUCAACACCAGCUGCGAACGAUUUAACUUCAGCUACAGCUGCAAACGCGGAAGCUACAUCCGCUGAUCCAAACGCUCAACCUUCAGCCGCACCUUCAGCUUCUGAAUCGGCUUCUGAAUCAAGUUCUCAUUCCGGUUUGACAAAUUAUAAUACUACUACUAGGAGUGCGACUGGUAGUGUUUCAGGGACAAGUGCUGCACAAACUUCCGCGACAUCCUCUCAAGCAGCUUCAGCUGGAUCUAAAUCUGCUCUACCGAAUUUGUCUCCGUUUUCUCUGAUAACUGUUGUCAUCGCUGGUGGAUUAGGUGCAAUGAGGAUAUUGGUUUAG